AUACUUUGUAAUUGUUGAUUGUAUCUUAACUUCUCAAAUUUUAAUAUAAUUUUAAUAGAAAUUGUUUUGUUCGUGUUCAUUCAGUUAUGAGAUUGAGUGAUUGCACUGGGAGUGUUUUGGGGCCACAAACAAAAUCUAGUUUAGGAACACCAAAAUCCUAGGGCCUGCCCUGCCCCCAUGAGCAGCAUUUGGCAACAGCAGUAAGGAAGAACUCCCCUUUAACGGGAAGAAACCUCAAGCAGAACCCGGCUCCCGGCGGCCAUCAGCUUUGACCAGUUGAGUUGAGAGAGAAAGAAAGGGGCGGGGGCAGGGGGGACAACAAAAGAUACAUGUAUGCAUACAUGUAAGAUAGAUUUAAGUUGUAUCCCUUUUCAGUUGAUUCAGAAUGAUGCAUGUCUGCGAGUGCAUCACUAGUGAAAUCUACUGCUGGAUAGUGAUCUGUCAUUGUAGUUGAGUUGAAACGUAGUUAGCACUGCAUAGUUUGGGCAGUGAGAGUCUGUGUGCAUCCACUGAGAAGUAAGUUUCAUGUUCUGGUUACUGAUAUGAGUCUAAGUUGCUACAUUUAGCAUCUGUAAUUCAUGUUCAUGUUAGUUAGCAGGGUUAGCUCUGCAUCUACUGGGAGCAUGAGCUGAUGCUUAGGUAUAUGUAUAUAGGUAUAAGCAUGCAGGAAUAAUUAUAUUUCAUGCAAUAUAGCAAUGCUGUACCUAGUAUUAUAGAAUGAAAUGAUGUUUGUUCUAGAAGUUUAGAGGGCACUUGUAAUGAGGCUGUUUGAGUGUCAUUCAUUACAUACCUAGCAAAUUGGCAGGAAAUUAUGUACAUAAUGCGAUUAUAUUCUGGGGAGUAAGAAUGCAGUUUUUUAUGUAGUACUUCACAUAUAAUCAAUAUUUAUUUAAAUCUUUUAUUUCUAUGGUUACAGAACCAUGCAAACAUAAACUCAUUUUCUGUCUGAAAGCAUUAAGUAGAUUAAUUAGAAACGUCACAGUAUUUAUCCUCAUAAUUGUAUCCUUAUAAUUCAAUGCCUCCCCUCUUAAAGAUGAAGACAUUUAAGACAUUUUUGGACCUUGAAUUAGAAAAAAAUAUUUUAAUGUUCUAAGACUUUUUAGGGGGGGACCCUGAUUUUGAUGGAGGUGGCCUGGAAAUUGACACAGGCAGCCGCCCCGAAAUUCUGAGUGGCCUAUAUUAAUUAGUCAAUUUCAUUUUGACUUAAUUACUUAAAAAUUCAUUCAUGUCCAAACAGCACUUUUUAAGGAUUCAGGAUAAAUCUGAAUGUUUUUUUUCAUUUAUGUUGUAGUCUUCUGCAAAAUAAAUGUAUUUUAAAAUGUCUGAAGAGUUUUUUGAUUAAUAUCUUACACUGCACCAUAACUUAAUUUUAUGGAGAAACUGAGAUGAAAUCAGCAUCGCGUGAUUCUCAUGGUCUCUACAUAGUUUUCCUAAAUUGUCUUAAUUCUGCAACACAGCAGAGAAAACAACUCUGUGCACUGAGAUGGGUUAAAGUUUUAUCAGGUGAUUUACUGUAAAUGGACGUUCUGUUUCCCAGAAACCACAUGAUCAUUACGUGCAAACUGAGAGUGAAAGUAGCUUCACCAACAGAAUAAAAGGGCUGUAAUGCAGGACCACCUUGGCACAUGCAGGGAGAUGCUGCACUGCAUCUGCAGGACAGAUAGACGCCUUAACAACUGAGAGUCUCUGCCGCAAAGAACCAGCAUGAGGUGGCAGUCAUUCCACUAACAUGGAGAAGUACGAAAAGGUGAAGGAAAUUGGGAAAGGUGGAUUUGGAAAAGCCAUCCUUGUCAAAUCCAAAGAGGAUGGACACCAAUAUGUCAUCAAGGAGAUUGGCAUAUCUAGAAUGUCACCUGAAGAAAGGCAGAAAGCUCAAAAAGAAGUUGAAGUCCUCGCUGAGAUGAGUCAUCCCAACAUUGUCCAGUAUAAAGAGUCUUUUGAAGAGGAGGACUGUCUGUGUAUUGUGAUGGACUACUGUGAGGGAGGAGACCUCUUAGAGAAGAUCAACUCUCAGAAAGGAGAACCUUUCUCAGAAGAUCAAAUCCUGGACUGGUUUGUGCAGAUUUGUCUGGCACUAAAGUACAUCCAUGAUAGAAAAAUCCUCCACAGGGACAUUAAACCACAGAACAUAUUUUUGACAAAAGAUGGGACUGUACAGCUUGGGGACUUUGGAGUUUCAAGGGUGCUGAACAGCACUAAAGAACUGGCAACAACAUUCGCAGGAACACCACUUUACCUUUCACCAGAGAUCUGCAAAAAGAAACCAUAUGACAACAAAAGUGAUAUUUGGUCCCUCGGCUGUGUCCUGAAUGAAAUGUGCACUCUUAAGCCUGCAUUUAAUGCUGACAAUAAGAAAGAUCUAGAACUGAAGAUCGUCCGUGGCCUCUACCCUCCUGUGUCUGAUCACUACUCCCAAGAACUGCGUUCUCUCUUGGCACAGCUGUUGAAACACGACCCCACAGAGAGGCCCUCAGUCAGCAGCAUACUGAAAGAACCUUUCCUCUCCUGUAGGAUACAGAAGUUCCUCACACCACAGAUCAUUGCUCAGGAAUUUGGUGAUGUUUUUCUUCACAAGCAGCAACCAGUCUUUUUCAACUCACUUGGACUGAGGAAAUUUUAUCCCAACAAGCUCACUCUUCGGUCUCUUUUGGAAAUCAACAAAAACAGUAUUUAUGAUGAAACUGUUGAAUCACUGGAGGAAAUACCACAGUGCUUUCUCAGGAAACUCUUUCAAAUCAAUGCAGAAUGCAGAAACUGUACACAAUUAUCAAACAAUGAUGCUGACAAUAAGAAGGAGGAAAAAAACAAUGAUCUGUUUGACUUUGGCCUGUUCACUGCAGGUGACUCUGCAGACAACAAGGUUAACCCUCUCGACCUCAUAGUCGCACUCUUUCUUUGUGCUGACAGCUUCUUGCAACAGGAAAUGGCCCUCAAGAUGUCAAUGUGCCAGUUUUCUGUCCCACUGCUGUUGCCUCAUGGUGAUAACAGUCAGUGUUCCCUGAUGCUGUGGGCUCUGAGAGACAUCGUCAAAGAGUGGUGUCCACAUGAUUUGUCUGAAUCAAGAGGAUUUGUUGAAAACAACAUUGUCCAAGCAAAUAUACCAUUCUUUACCUUUGUGAGGCUGAAAAACUGUAGUUUGUCCAAGUCACAGAUGUUGAAUCACGUUCUCAGUUGUGGCCAGCAGAAUCACAACAUCUUCAUACACAGAGAUAUGAAAGGAGGAACACUUAAAAGAGAAAUUGCCAAUGGUUUGGUCGAGGUUUGCUGGUACCUUCCCUGUGGCAAAAAAGAUCUUGACAUAUUUCCAGGACCAGUUGCCUUUGCCAAUUUGAGAGGAGACAUUUGUGAGUCACUCGCACAAUUCAAGUUUCUUUAUCAAGUGUCAACUGCGACCUUUGUGUUCCUGGACAAAGUUGAAGAAAAUGAGCACAAGAUUCUGACUUCUCUUCAAGAUGUGAAAUCCAAACUCUUCUUUGUUGUUAAUCGCAAGGACAACUCUAGAGAGGACAUGAUGUCUGUCCAGACAACACUGGAAGAGUUAAAGCUACCAAAAAGCAGCGUGAAAAUCAAAGACCCAAAGGUAAAUGUUGCAGAGUUUUCAGAGACACUUUGUGACUCCAUCAAGGAAUCACUGACAAAUGGAACAAACACAGUUAUCAUUGAAAAUAUGCUUGACAAAGCUGUUAAAUUUGGUCUGUCUGUGGAUGAAAACACAAGUAACAAACAAAAGAAAGCAGUUGAGGAGAUCAUGGUUGACAUUGAGGGGCGAAGUAUACCAGACUACAAGAAAGAACAGCUUCCUUUGCAGGGAGAUAAGUGGAAAAGAUUAUCGCAGUUAGAGAAGGAGGAGUGUAGAUUGAAAUCUGGCGACUCAGACCUUGAACAGAAUAAAUCCCAGCUACAGGAAGAAAAACAAAAGAUUAGGGAGGAGCAAAGCAAACAAAAACUGUCCAAAGGAAUGAAGAGUUUCAUUAAAACUUUAUCCACAAGUGACAAAGAAGAAAGAGAUUUUUUCCUUAAGUGGAUGAAACUCAAGUUUAACACACAUUCACGGAGGAAACUGUCUGAGCUGCGCAACAAAUUCAAAGAGCAAUGCAAGAAGAAAGAUAAAAAUCUCAUUGCAGAGUUGGAUCAGGCUUUGAUGGAGAGCUCUUUAGGAGUAGAGCAUUACAUGAGAGAGAUGGGACUCAUCUAUGAGUUCUCAAUUUCUGGCUCAAGAAACACUGCUGAUGAAAUAUCUCGUCUCCCUGGUUUGGCAGCUGAAAUGCUGUUGGAUGGAUAUCCUUUAGAGCUCUUGGAUGGAGAUGCUUCCAACAUCCCAGAGAGAUGGGUGACAGAUGUGCUGACGGAGCUUCACAAGAAGGUUGGAGGGAAGAGCAGACUGUUAGUACUGACUGUGCUGGGUGUUCAAAGUACAGGAAAGUCAACACUCCUCAACACCAUGUUUGGUGUGCAGUUUCCUGUCAGCAGCGGCAGAUGCACAAGAGGAGCUUAUAUGCUUUUCCUCAAAGUUGGAGAGGACAUGAAACAUGAGUUGAAUUAUGAAUAUAUAGUUCUCAUUGACACAGAGGGUCUAAAAUCUCCUGAUUUGGCAGAACUAGAUGAAAGUUAUGUGCAUGACAACCAGAUGGCAACCUUUGUGAUUGGUUUAAGUGAUGUCACCAUCAUCAAUCUCGCCAUGGAGAACUCAACAGAAAUGAAAGACAUCCUGCAAAUUGCAGCUCACGCUUUCCUGAGAAUGAAAGAAAUUGGUAAAAAGCCAGUUUGCCAUUUUGUGCAUCAAAAUGUUUCUGGAGUUUCAGCUCAUGAAAAUACCAGAACAGACAGAAAGAAGCUCUUGGACCAGCUCAAUAAAAUGACACAAAUCGCAGCUGAAAUGGAAAAGAAGCCUUCUAUUACAGCAUUCACAGAUGUGCUGGACUAUGACAUAGACAAAAACCACUGGAACAUCCCAGGACUCUGGCAUGGAACCCCUCCGAUGGCACCAGUGAACACAGGUUACAGUGAAGCUGUAGCAGAUUUAAAGAAAAAUCUUUUGGCAGCAGUGAAAACAGACCGAAGCAAUGACGUCUCACAGAUCCCAGAGUUUCUAGAAUGGAUAAAAAGUCUCUGGAGAUCAGUGAAAUAUGAGAACUUCAUCUUUAGUUUCAGAAACACUCUUGUGGCUCAGGCCUAUGACAACCUUUGCAAAGAAUUCAGUCAAUGGGAAUGGCAGUUCAGAAAAGAAAUCCUCUCCUGGCAAACAGAAGCAGAGAUGGAAAUCUUAAAUUCUGACAAUGAAGCUGAUAUUCGAAUUUGGAGCAAAUUGGUUGAAUCAAAAAAAUCACAGAUGUCAGAAAAAAUAGCAACUGAAGAAAGAAAAAUGAAGGAGAAACUUACAAACUACUACAAAAAGAAAGACCAGAAUGUAAAUCUGAUAGAAAAACACAAAACUGACUUUUUCAACAGCAUCAGUAGUGUUGCAAAGGAAAUCGAACAUUCAGUGAACAAUAAAUUGGACUGUACACUUGAGCUGAAAAUAAGUUUAAAAAAAGUUCAAGACAUACAGAAAAAAUACAGAGGCGGGGUUGAAGACGAGGUCAUGAAGCUCCUGAGUGCCUGUAAAAACUCUGAUAAACUGUCUGAUGAACAGCUGACACAGAAGUUUGAAACGAUGUGGACUGAAGCCACUAAAAAUGUGUCUGGCCUGAAAGAGCAAGAUAUCGCAGCAUGUGUCCUGAAACAGUUGAGAGGAAAUUUCUCAAAUCAGAAUGUUAAUGAGAAAUUCCAAAACAUUACAGACCUAAAGGACAUUGGUAAGGAUCGAUUUAAAGCCAGACGUGAACAUACAGACUCCUGGGUGAAGAAGGCUGGAUGUCUGCUUUGGGGACUAGGAGAUCUGCAGAAAUUUGCUGACAGUGUCAUUGAGUCUUGCACACGGUUUGUGCUUGAUAAAGCAAAGACAAACGUAGAUUACCACGACUCUUUUACAAGGGAUCUUCUGAAGAAAAUUGAUGAAUCCCUUCAACAAAGCUACAAGUGUCACAAAAUAAAUACACAGUUUGAGUUUGACCUGAAACUUCACAUUUGUGGCAUUGCCUCAAGGGAAUUCCUCAAAAUGCACCAAAAAUUCUUGUCAGAUAAUGAUCCUCAAAUUCAGCUGCUGAAUAAGAAGACUCAGUACUUGUCAGAUUUUCUUGAUUUAUACAAAGACAGAGAUGAUUGUCAGCGCAAAGCAAAGACUUUUGUCCAGUUUUGUAUCAAACCUGCUGUGGAAGAGUACAUCAACAGAUCUCUGGGAAUAAACAUUGUGGAUGAAAUUUUGACUAGUUGUCAUUCAGCAGAGUUCAGUUCCCGCUCCUUUUUCCAGUACAACAUUCAGGAAGAGUUGCUGCAAAAGGAUGACUUUGACAGUUUGGUCAAGUACAUUUGUAAGUAUGAAAUAUAUGUGAAGGAUUGGAUAUUUCAGCAAAUCCAGCAACAAAUGUCAAAGAACAAAACUUUAUGCAAACUCAAACAAGAGAAUCUGAAGGUGAUAGUUGACAAAAUCACAGCAGCCUUAGAGCAGGCCACAAAAGGACCAAAUGGUGUUCAACUGCCAGACAACAAUGAAAGCAUCACAAAGCUCAUCAGCAACAUGCGGAAGUAUUUGAUUAAAGACAUCUCAAUUUCAGAGGAGAAUGAAGAAACCGCCUUGUUUCAAAUCCAAAGCACAUGUCAUCCAUUUAUCAACAGCCUCAAAAUGUCAAUAAAAGACUUGAACAAACAGCUUCAGCAGGAAUUCUCAAAGUCUGAAAACAUCACUGAGACAUUGAACAAACUUCCAAUCAAACCGCAGGAUGAGCUUUUCAAGCGAGUGUUUGGUUGUGGAAACCAAUGUCCAUUUUGUAAAGUUCCCUGUGAAGCUGGAGGCAAAGAUCACAAACAGCAUCAUGCAGCUGUUCAUCGACCACAAGGUCUUGGUGGAUACAGUUAUGUAGUGACUCAGAAGCUGGAUGCAACACUGUGUACAACUGCUGUGCAAAGUGAAGCUACAUUCAGAAACACAGUCACUAAAGGGGAGUUUCAUCCUUACAAAGACUACACCAAGUACUAUCCAGACUGGCGCAUUCCUACAGAUCCCAGCAUAGAGGCAUCUGACUACUGGAAGUUUGUACUGGUAAAAUACAAUGAGAAAUUUGCUCAAUAUUACGAGGCGAAGCAAGCUGAUGUUCCAGAGGCCUGGAGGGGAAUCACAAAGGAACAAGCACUGAAGGGGUUAAAAGAUGCCUUCAACAUAAAGUGAACAACGUACAAAUGUCUUUAAACAAACUAAGACCCAGGAACAUUCACCGGAUCAGAUCAGUCACAUUCAAUGAGUUAAAUUCAAAAUCAAUACCAUUCAAAAAAUUAUCAGCUUGGCUGAACCAUUAUAAGUCUUCAGUCUAAUUCAGUGUAAUGAAAAACUUUCCAAAUAUAUUUGUUUUGUUUUUCAUGUUUUAAUUUUAAUGUUUGUUGUUUUUUUAUGUAACUGACUUUGUGGUUCAAACUCAAAUUCAGACUAAAGCAGCUGCUGACAGUGAAUACUGUGGCAUCCUUUGGUCUGGUGAACAUGAUGAAUGACAAAUGAUGAGUUGAACAAGUUGCUGAGAAGUUGAAAAGCUAGAAAUAGUUAUAGUUAUCAACUUUUUCAGUACUGCUUAUUUUACUUUUUUGUUUUGUGUUUUUAAUUUUUGAGGAUUACAGACAUUUUGUUUUCUUCUCUCAUGAUUAAUGACUGGUGUUCAUGAUAAUGAUGUUGACAAUGAAAAUGACAAAGAAAAUGAUGUACAACAAAGAUCCUGUAAAAAAAAAUAAAAAUGUUUUGUUAUGUUUUUAUCUUUAUUUUUUGGUUUGUGAUCAUUACAAAUAAAUUACAUAUUGAUAUAUGACUAUGUCAAUAGUAACCAGUGUGCAAGAUAAUGAUGAUGAUGAUGAUGAAGAUGUCAGCAUGGUUCAUUCAGUGUUUGCAGUUGGCUUUCUAAUGGUUACUAUCAGUCAAUCAAUAACAAAUAUUGAUACAACUGACUUUUGGCGCCUUUCUGAAGCUGAACAUGUAACAAAGAGGCAGAAAGCACAGAAACAAUUACUCAGACUUUUAAACAUUUACCAUAUUUUUUUCUUCUUUAUUUUAUUCUUUUAAAUAAAAAUGUGAUGAUGAUGAUGAUGAUGAUGAUGAUGAUGAUGUAGGCCUGCAGUAUGUAAUUCAAAGGUCAUAUAAUGAGAUGCUGUUUUGUAACACGUUUUGCUACUUUUAACAUUUUUUAUAAUUUAAUUCUUUAACAUUUCUUUCAAAACAUACAAUGAAAAUAGUUAUUAAUGUUUUCUCGGAGAGUAAAAUAAAUAAAUUGUCAUCAGUUGAAAUGUUUGCAUGUUGAUGCAAAUUACUUUGUGAUUCAUGUACAAAUACUGAGACGUCCUUUCAUGUGUUGUUGAUGUUUAACUUUUUCUGAGAUAUUAUGUGUUGAACAAAUCAAGUUAUCUUUUAAAAACAUAUUUUUUGAUUUUUGCAUUUUACUUUUUAAUGAGUAGAACAUUUUCUCCCUCAGUCACUUUGUAACACAACUAUGUACAUGACAUGAGCUAAAUAUAAUGAUGCUGAUGCUGUUGUUGAUGAUGAUGAUGAUGAUGAUGAUGAUUAAGAACAAAGGCCAUGUGAAACAGAUGUUUUCUAACAUGUCAUCACUAUUCUUUAAUAUUUUUACAGUUUCAUUUCUAAUAGGAACAUGUAAAACAUUUGAUCUUUUGAUGUGUGUUUGAUAAAAGUCAGUGAAUAAGAGCCUUUAUGUUGUUGUAACUGACCUUUUAGCUCAUGUUUAAAUAUUGUCUAAACAAGCCAACUGUGGGAAUAAUGUGGCAUCUUCUGCUCUGUUGAUCAUGUUCAACUUCUGACACAAUGAAUUAAACAAGAUAAAACAAG